UGCUUCAGUUUACGGCAUCUGUCAUUCUUCAAGUGCAAACUGAAGCAGCACCACCAGAGCGCAGGCAUGACUCCACAUUAAAGCAGAAUGACAGAACUCAAACAGGGAGAAGAGGUCCUGCGGCAGCCAGAAACUGGACCUCAACCUGAACGGGACCCCCUCCAGAGGCCCUGAGGGCCAGUCCCAAGCAUGAGACCGGGAGAAGGGAGAAGACUGGGGCAGCUCUGCCCCCGAGAGCACAGAAUUCUUCCAGAAAUACGCCCUGGUUGGUUGAAACAGAAGUGGUCCUCAGUGUUUGGAGUGCUGUGGCCUGGCUCCUGGCAAUCUCUGUUUCCCCUCUUUCACAUCGGAGCAGCUCUGCUGGCUGUGGUGAUCUACUCCAUGACCCAUGUGCUCUACGGCUUUCUGUCAAGAAUUUUCAUCCCUCAGUACCGAUGCCCCUACAUGGUGUCCCUCACUUUUGCUCAGGUCGUGGUGACCAUGCUGGUUUUGCUGACUCUCCAUGCUUCUGGGUGUGUGACGCUAUCACCACCCUCCCUGCAUCUGGCCGAACGCUUGCUGGUGCCCUCUAUCUGUGACGCCAUUCAGUCCGUGCUGGCGCUGUGGGCUGAGGUCAAUGCCUCCUAUGGCCUAUACCCCCUCCUCAUGAGUCUGCUUCCUCUGCUCUGUGUGGGCUGGACCCACAUCCUGGGCCUGCCAUCGCCAUCCAAACCUGCCACCCUUCUGCUGGCCACCAUCACAUUCACAUCCAUCACCAUCACAGGUAUGAAGGGGGUGCUCAUGCCAGAGACUUUGGGCGUUCUCUACGCCCCCCUCAGCCUGCUCCUGCAGAGCGUCUCGCUCACCUGGCUGGCCAAGGCGGGCGAGGCAGAGGAGGGCGGGGCCGGGGAGUGGGCGUCGCUCCCGAGCGUCUGCUUUGGCCUGGCGCUGAAUAAGAGCCUGGUCCUGGGCUUCCUGUGCCUGCUGCACCCGGACGGCCCGCGGCUGCUGAGCGACGGCAGCUGGCGCAGCGCCCUCUUCCUGGCGUACCUGCUGGCCCAGCUGCUGCUCGGAGCGCUGCAGCGCCUCCUGCUGGCCGCCGCGGCGCUGCGCUUCUCCCCGCUGGCCGCCGCCCUGCUCACGUCCGCGUACGCCCUGGCCAGGCCCUUCAGCAGCCUGCUGUAGCUCAGAGCGCCGCUACAUCGCCCACGGAGCAGCGCCCACGCCGGGCAAAGUGGCAUAAUGUGCCGGGUGAUGCCAUCUUUGUCCCUAAAGGUCGUCCCAGUAAAUGAGCCCUGCAGGGCUACAUCACCAGGAAUGUAUGUGACAUCCAAAAAAAUGACUAAAGGAAAUCGAGCGCAGCAGGAAAACUUUGGUAUGAAAUUUCCUUCUGGAACUUCUGAACUGAGGUCACAAAAUGCCUCAAAUCUGAAGAGGAAGGUGGUGUUCAUGGAAAAAUGAAGUACUGAAGACCUCUGAUCAGUCCCCAAAAAAGAGGGUAUAUAGAAGGAUUCAUAACAUUAUUAAAAACUGCUAAUAAAUGCAGAACACACAGGUGAAUGGCUUAGGGCAAGCCCAUGUUGGCGCUUGUUAUAAGCAAACUGAGGAAAGGUUUACGAUGACAGCAUGUGUUCCUGACAGCUGCAGUUAGCUUAAAGAACGCCAUUGUAGGAAGUGAGGAAGAGGAGAGGGGGAGGAAGAGCUCAAGGGAAUUUAACACAAAUUAAUUCUUUAUUUAGAAUUUUCUUUCACAAAAUAGUUGCUUUAUUAAACCUUUCAUGUGCAUAAUGGCACAGGAAAAUAAAUACACUU